AUGUCUCACAUAAUGAAAAAUGAUGUAGCCUUUGGAUUCAACAUGGUUGGGAAAAAAGGGAAAAUACCAUUUGGAAGUUCAAAAUUAUUCGAGAUUGUAAACAGAUCAGUCAAAAAAUGCUUCAAUUGGAGAGGUCAUGAAAAGAGAUGUGGAGUUAGCAGUGGCAAAAUGGUUGACCGGUGCUCGAGACAGAUGGUGAAGCAAGUCGGCAACUUCAAUUAUCUUGGAAGUCUGAUUACCUCAGGUUGUAAAUGUGAUAUGAAUAUCAAAAGAAUAAUAGCUAUAGCGAAAUAUGCAUGUUCUAAAAUGAAAAACAUCCUCACCAACAGUAAAAUCGGAAUAUCAACAAAAUUAAAACUGUUAGGAUGA